UGACUAUGCGUUCAUGGGUUCACUGAUCAUAAAGGAAGUUGUAAAGAACCUGCUCACCAAGGGUCUGGAUAAUGCUAAGAUACUUCUGUUGGCUGGAAGCAGCGCGGGUGGCACUGGGGUGUUGCUGAAUGUGGACCCAGUAUCUGAGCUUCUGGAGGAGUUGGGUCACACAAACAUCCAGGUCAGGGGUCUGUCUGACUCUGGCUGGUUCUUGGACAACAAACAAUACCGCUGCACUGACUGCGUGGACACCAUCAACGGUGCCCCCACUGAGGUCAUCAAGAGAGGAAUCAAGUAAGA